AUGCCUGAAAAAGGAGGCCUAGGGGUAUUUGCUGCUCAAAGUUUCAAGAGGGGUGAUUAUGUUGACGUUGUGCCCAACGGAACCUCUUGCCCUCUAAAAUUUCAGGUGAGCGAAGCAGCUUCCCGCGGAAAUGAUAGCGCAUCCGCAAGAAUUGCUAUCGUUAACCCCCUGAUUGCUGCACAUGUGGGAUAUUCAGCAGUUGAAGGGACUGUAUCCUACCAUAAGCGUAAAAAUUUGACGGAGCCGUUCCCAUUCUUGGGUUUAGCUGUCGAAGACGGUUGGAAAACUCAGUCUCCCCAUGAGAUCAUACUGAUGAGGAUCGAUGACGGAUUCGACGAUUGGGAGUUCUUGUAA